AUGGACAAGGUACUCCCAGUCAUCCACCUCGUGCAAGCGGCUGGAAGCGCAUACACGCUCUAUUUCUGCUUCGUCUCCAUCAAGGCCCUGAAGCAGUACGAGAAACAGUCAGAGAAGGCAGCAGAAUACUCUGCAACCGCCGCAGAGCAGCUGCACAAGACUCGCACGACCCAAGGAAAUGCUCUUGUAACGGCCCUCACCUCUCUUCUUACUUCCUCAUUCCUCCUCUACACCGCUGUCCGUCCGGGCGAGUCUUCGCACCCUUCCUCGUCGCCAUGGCUCUCCAUCGGACUUAAUGCGGGAAAUAUCGCCAAUACACUGCUCACACGCUCACAUGUUGCCGGGUUUUGGGGAAGCAAGGCAAAGGUACCAUUUGUUGAGGGCUACAACGAGGCUAUCAGCUCCACAGCUCAGAUCAUCAAGUCGCUAGAGAGACUCGCAGUGGGCUGGAGCUUUAGCGCAGCAGUUACGGUGGUGGGCAUGCUGAUGGGACGGUGA